CCCCCCCAGCCCCACCCACCCGUCAUCCCCACGCCCACCCAACCCGUGAAGACAAAAAAAGGGGUGAAGAGGAAAGCAGACACCACGACCCCCACCACCAUCGACCCGAUCCACGACUCGUCGUCGCUGCCCGCCGAGCCCAAGUCCACCAAGCUGGGCCCGCGGCGGGAGAGCGGCCGCCCCGUGAAGCCUCCAAAGAAGGACGUUCCCGACUCGCAGCAGCACGCGGCCGAGAAGAGCAGCAAAGUCUCGGAGCAGCUCAAGUACUGCGGCGGGAUCAUCAAGGAGAUGUUCGCCAAGAAGCACGCGGCCUACGCGUGGCCCUUCUACAAACCUGUGGACGUGGAAGCUCUGGGGCUGCACGACUACUGCGACAUCAUCAAGCACCCCAUGGAUCUGAGCACAAUCAAAUCCAAGCUGGAGAACCGGGAAUACCGGGAUGCUCAGGAAUUCGCGGCCGACGUGCGGUUGAUGUUCUCCAACUGCUACAAGUACAACCCCGCCGACCACGAGGUCGUGGCCAUGGCGCGGAAGCUGCAGGUGAGGACGCUCGACAUCCCCCUCCACUCGUUUGUCCCCUCUCAGGACCACUUUAGCCUUGAACUCACACCCAAAACCACCCCUGUGGUAAAUAACGACCCAAAAUGA